CCUGGUUGAGCCCAACCCAACCGUUCUGGUCUGCGAACCCAAACCCGCACCCAGCGACCACCACCAUGGCACUCCGCCGCGACUCGCCGCCGGCCCUCCCCGAUGAGCUCAUCGAGGAGAUCUUCCUCCGUCUCCCGCCCGACGAACCAUCGUGCCUCCUCCGCGCCUCCCUCGUCAGCAAGAGCUGGAGCCGCGCCGUCUCCGGAUCUGAAUUCCGCCGCCGCCUCCACGAGCUCCACGGGACACCCCCCGUGCUCGGUGUCCUCCACGACUGGUACGACGAGGCCAUCCCACGCUUCAUCUCCACCACCGCCUCUCCCUUCUCCCUCGCCGCCCCGGACUGCCUCUCCUGGCGGGCCCUGGAUUGCCGCCACGGCCGCGCCCUAUUCCUCUCCAACCUCUCGGAUACUCUGGAACUCCUUGUAUGGGAGCCAACCACGGGCAGCCAGUGGCGCAUACCAGUGCCCGGGGCGUUCCUGAGCGACUUCCCGAGCGCGGCGUUCAAGGGCUACUUCCCGGACGCGGAGUUAGAGUGGAGGACCCCGACCGCGGCUGUCUUCUGCUCAGCGGACGGGUGCGACCACCGCGACUGCCUCGGGGGUCCUUUCGGCGUGGUCUUCGUCUUCUCCGUCUCCUUCGAGGAGGACACUGACCACGAGGAGUAUCUCACGUCGGCGGGCGUAUACUCAUCGGAGACAGGCACGUGGGGCGAGCUAACCUUGAUGCACGACGAGUUCGGCAACUAUACAUGCAUUUCCAGCGUGCUCGUUGGGAGAUCUCUGCUCUACUUCAUGUCGGACGGCGGGGCUAUCCUGGAGUAUGACUUGGCCGGGCACGCACUGGCUGUGUUUGACACACCACACUCCGACGACUAUGAGAGAUUUAACCUCAUGCUGACAAAGGACGGUGGACUGGGAGUUAGUGAAUCGUUGCAUCCACAACUCAAACUGUGGUCAAGGGAGGAGAGUGGCAGCACUGAUGCACGAUGGUUUCUGACUCGGGUAAUCUACUUGGACAAGUUGCUACCAAGUGCUGCUCUCAUCAAUCCAGAAGACUCGGUGCUUGUGUUGGGCUUUGCCGAGGGAGCAAAUGUCAUUUUCAUGAUCACGGUUGCUGGACUUUUCACAAUCGAGUUACAUUCGGAGCGGGUGAAGAAGGUGUGCGAUAAGAAUAGCUUCUGUAAUUUGAUUCCAGUUGUCAGCUUCUACACUCCUGUGCCCCCAGGUGAGCACCAUGGCCCGCCGUCAUCGAACCUUGGUGAGGACAGGGCAGGGAGGAGCAGAAAGUAGGAGAGCAUGUGCAGCAGUUGUUCCAUACUUCCGAGGAAGGGGACUUUGUCAACGUUGACAUCAGCCACCCCAUCGACCUUGAGACCAGGUUAGGACUUCUUGUCCCGAAUGGCUCUCCUACCGUGUGACGUGCUUACUGAUGGAAUGCAGGAAAAAAGAUCUUAGGUUUGUAGUUUGGUAGAUGACUUCUGGAGCCAGGUGGUUACUGAGUGUUGUGUUCCGCGACAAGCACGACUAUGCACGUUGGUGUUUGAGAGAUUCAGCGAGUCGAACUAGCAUUAGUCUUAUUCCAUAGCCAUAUUUGGGAGUUAGGACCUGGCAUCUUUUUCCAUGAUUCUGGAGAAGGUGGUGUCUUUUCGUGGACGUGUGGCUUCUGAAGUCAUGGCCGAGAGGCUGUUUGCACUAGCGUCAGGCACAACUCUAUGGUGCAGAGCUGCAGAGUAGAGAUUAGUGUCCUAUAGCUCUGAACAAAUUGAUUGUACUAGUACAUGAUAAUCGGUGAUUCAGACUGUAAUGAACGAGGUUGUAUAAGUCGGUGAUCACUCGACAGACAAUUUUAACUCUGAGAAAUAGCAACUGUUGGUUCAAGUA